AAAAAAACCCAUAAACAAUAGUCGGUAGUUAGCACAACAAAGUGGGUAGCUAGCGUUAAGCUCAGUCUUGUGCAAGGCAAUGCGAGGGUUUCCUUCUUCGGCUUUCAGGGCAACGCCUGUUUUAAGAAAUCGACCACUACAAGCUUACACUCCGAUCAACAAACAUCGGAGGCAAUUACCAUCCAAUUCAAUUCAACGAACUUCAAAACAAAGCCCCUUUAACAACCUUGAAGCGCCUUCGAGAGGUAAUCCUUCCCCACUAACUACUCCGUUAAAGGCUCCCAGUUCGAUUCAGCUUUCCACUCCUCCGUCUCUUGCUGAUGAUAAACAUAGUUUGAGUCUUAAACCAAUUGAUCGUUCAUAUAUUUCCAAGAUUCUUUUAAGCAAAGACUGGUUUCUAUUGUUAAAUCACGAGUUUAAGGCGAAGAGGGUCGUUUUGUCUCCUCAAUUUGUUGUUAGCAUUUUGCAAAAUCAAGACAACCCAUUAAGUGCUAUUAGGUUUUAUAUCUGGGUUUCGAAUGUCGACCCUUUACUUGUAAAGAAACAACUGAUUCAAGGGGUUCUUGUUCGCAACCUUCAUCGAGAAGGCCCUGACCGUCCGGUGCUAUUAUCUGUUGAUCUUCUUCAGCAAAUUAAAGAGUCUGGUCUUAAAGUGACAGAGGAAUUACUCUGUAUAUUAUUUGGCAGUUGGGGUAGAUUGGGUUUGGCAAAUUACUGUGUAGAGGUAUUUGGGCAAAUUGGGUUGUUGGGUCUUAAUCCCACCACCAGACUGUACAAUGCUGUAAUGGAUGCAUUGAUCAAGUCCAAUUCGUUAGACCUGGCGUAUUUGAAAUUUCAACAAAUGUCAUCCCAUAACUGUGUCCCUGAUAGGUUCACUUAUAACAUUCUCAUCCAUGGCGUUUGUAGGCUUGGGGUGGUGGAUGAGGCACUUCGUUUGAUGAAACAAAUGGAGGGCUUGGGAUAUUUUCCGAAUGUUUUCACAUAUACAAUCUUGAUUGAUGGAUUUUUCAAUGCUAAAAGGGCUGGUGAAACAUUCAAAGUUUUGCAGACAAUGAAGGAGAGGAAUGUGGUUCCAAAUGAAGCUACUAUGAGAUCCUUGGUUCAUGGAGUUUUUCGUUGUAUUGCUCCAGAUAAGGCUUUUGAACUUUUGUUGGAAUUUGUUGAGAGGAAGCAGGGCAUAACUCAAUUGGUUUGUGACAAUAUUCUUUAUUGCCUUUCAAAUAAUUCUAUGGCCAGUGAGGCUGUCAUGUUUUUGAUUAAAACUGGCAAGGAGGGUUAUGUUCCGAGCAGUUCAACCUUCAAUAUCACCUUGGCGUGUGUAUUAAAGAAGCUAGACUUGAAGGUAACAUGCACUGUAUUUGAUAAUUGUGUGCAGAGUGGUGUCAAGCCAGGGUUCAGUACAUAUCUUACGCUUAUUGAAGCUUUGUAUAAGGCAGGGAAAAUGGAGAUUGGAAACCGAUAUAUGGAUCGGUUAAUAAAUGAUGGUCUUAUUUCCAACAUAUAUUCAUAUAACAUGGUCAUUGAUUGCCUUUGCAAAGGCAAAUCAAUGGACAGAGCAUCAGAAAUGUUUAGGGAUCUGCAUAAUAGAGGCAUUUCUCCAAAUAUUGUUACUUAUAAUACACUUAUCGGUGGGUUUUGCAGAAAUGGGAAUAUGGACAAAGCUCAGGAACUUCUUGAAAUGCUAUUAGAAUCUCGUUUUAGACCAGAUAUCUUCACAUUUAAUUCACUAAUUGAUGGACUCUGUCAAGCACAUAAGCAUGAGAAUGCGUUUGGUUGUUUCACUGAAAUGGUUGAGUGGGAUGUCCCUCCAAAUGUUAUCACAUAUAAUAUAUUGAUAUGUUCCUUCUGUGCGAUUGGAGAUGUUUCUAGAUCUACUCAUCUCUUGAGACAAAUGAAACUGCAUGGUAUACAACCUGAUACUUUCUCCUUCAAUGCUCUUAUCCAAGGGUACACUGGAAAGAAUAGGUUUCAGAAGGCUGAGAAACUCUUUGAUUCUAUGUUAAGGUUGGGUAUACAGCCUGACAAUUAUACAUAUGGUGCUCUUAUUAAAUCAUUGUGCAAAUCAGGUAGGCAUGAUAAAGCAAGGGAGAUCUUUCUCUCAAUGAAGGAGAAUGGUUGUACUCCUGACUCUUAUACUUGCAGUCUUUUUAGUGACACUCUUGCCCAUAGUUAGACCUUUAUGAGGAUGCUAAGGAUAUUGUGAAGAUUGAAGAAAAUAUGAUGACAAGAACAUUUUAUAAACAAUUUGGAAACUGGGAUUGGUUUCUUUUUGGUACCAAUCUCAUGAUGUUUCCAAUUUUCAAGCACUUUCAAAACGAGCGUUCCUUGUUUCAGAGAGAGGAAGGCAAGUGAUUAACAUUUCAUUUGGUCAACAGAUGUUGCCUAACUAAUCAAUGUGCAUGAGCAAGUUUGAAUAUCCAGUUAUUAAAAAACAUCACGAUAUUCUCCGAAGUCUUGAUGCUUAGCUGUCAGGACAGGAGCAGUGUCUGAUAAAACCUAAGCUGUUACCGUUAUUUUAGUUUGCAACUUACCAUCUGCUGGCAUUAUAAGAGGCUUCAGAAUUUGGCAGCUUAUUUAUACCGUAGCUUGGAGCUUCUUCUACUGUGGGAAAAACAGAAAGUUCCUGUAAUGGUACAACUGUCUUUCAUGUGACCUUAAUACAAUUUAUCAAAAUUUCAGUAAGGGGAAAAUACUUUAUUGGUUUUGUGAAAAGGGGAUCGGAUAGUAUCUUACUAUGUUUUUACUUUGGAAGAAGAGUCCAAGUUUGAAGGACUUUGGCUCUGAUUUCCUCCUAACUGUUAGCCUUGGCUUGAUUUGAGGACUGGACGCUCCAUUUGCAGAUCAUGGAUCAGGUCUUUUAAUUAUUAUGUGAGACAUUUGGGACAUUCUUACUGCUUCUCUAUUGCCAAUAGAAAUGAAAACAGAAUUACAAGAAAUCUUGAUCAUUAUUUUCUUGCGCUAUUCCAUUUUACCCUUUUCUGUUUAUCAUGUCAGAAUGAUGAAUGCCAUAAAAGCGACUUGACUUGGGUGAUUCUAUUCUGUUGGUUUCACAUCUAAGCUCUUAUGUUGGAGAUAGAAUAGUGUUAAAGCUGGCUUAUAUCUGCCUUUACUUUUCUAUUUGCAGAUAGGCUAGGUGGAUGUCGUAUGUCAGGUUGACUCUGUAGAAAUAUUCUUCAAGAACUUGAUCUUGUCAAGAUGCUGUCCUUGUGAUAGAGGUAAUGCCAGUUGCAUCACAUUACAUGCAUUAUACCACCAUCACCCCCCCCCCCCCCCCCCCCCCCCAUCCCCAAAAGAAAACCCCCACAUAAUGCAGAUAAAUCUGGAGCCAACUUAUUAGCGUUUUAUUUCUUCUUUUUCCUUCAAAUUUUAUAUUUAUGAACUUAAAGGCUUUGUGGUAGCGAGUCAGUACCUGUGACUAUGUCUACCGUUAGAGUUAGUGGGCUUGGCUCAUAGGGAGAUUUGCCCUAAAUUUCUUUCCUUUUUAUCUCACUGUAUUAUUCUAUUUAUUCCCCCUCUUGUACCUUUUGUAAUUAUCAGAAAAUAGAAAGAAAAGUAAAAUUGUGGCUUUUCUCUUAAUACUCCAGUUUACACGUAGUACUUGGUGUUUUCGUUGGUUUAUGACUUUCAAUAUCUAUGGAUCUAGAAUAAUUUUGAGAGGGUAAAUAAUAUAUUGCUACUUCUUAAACUGUGUAACUUUGGUCUUUUUAUAUUGAAUAGAGACUCUAUAGCGUAUUACAUAUAUGGAAAGAGUAAGACACCUAAUACUUACUCAAAAUCAAAAGAAAUUCUAACACUUCCUCAAGCUGGUUUAAAGUUGUCAUCCACAGCCACUUUGUCAACAGUACAUCCUCCUUGCCCUAAAAUUUUUCUGGACAUAGUGGCCUCUGCCAGCCACGUCGUUCAUUUCAUUGAAGAGUUUCCCAGCCUCGCUGUUCGUUGAAUAGAUUUAGUGGCCGUUUCCUGCAGUGUUGAAGUGCCUCACCCUAGAUAUUAGGCAAUAAUCUUAGAAAUUUUUGGUGGCCUCCCCCACCCACUGAAAGUUAGUGUGAACCAUUUAUAUGUAUCUUUAAACUGUUUGGGUUUCACUGGAGAACCAUUCAUAGUCAUCUUUGUUGGGAAAACCCUCCCUCUAAUACAAGAGGACUAAACAGAGAAAUUGAAAGAAAGGAACAAAAACUUGGAGCCUAAGAAUUUAUGUGAAAAAUCUCCAAAAUUGAGGAAAAACCGCACAUCAGAAAAAGUUCUACUAUGUGAAAAAUUAUUACCAUCACAGAUAAAUCUCUCCAACCUCAAUUAAUAAGAGUACUCUCAAAGCAUUAUAUCACUCAAACAAUUGAGCCGAUAUACCAAAGUGCCUCAAAUUGAGUGAUUUGAAACGAAAAGCAUAAAAUUUUCAUUUAGAAUAAUAGUUAGUCACCAUUCCAUUAGGAUGUAAUUAAAUGGGAAAUCAUUUAGAAUCAUUUUGUAAUCUUUUGGUGAUCAAAUAGACAUAAAGUCUAGACCCUAGGAACGAAAAGUGUAUUGAAUAGCUGUUAGAGAGGUUAUCUCUCUCGCUCUAAAACCACAUGCCUUGUGGUAUUCGAUCACAAUGAAUAGAUAUGAGGUUAACCCCAUUGGUUUAGAUUUGAAUGAGGGGUUUAAUAACUAGGAACCUGCGGAAUUCAAAUCGCUAGCAGAUCCUGUUCCCUUUGUUUUUCUAUUGAGAUAGUAGCGUAAUCCAUCUCAAAGUGUUUUACUUUAUUUUUUUUAAAAAAAAAUUCUAUUUUUUCUUAUUCCAUCUGUAAAGUACAGAAAACCGAAGUUCACAAAAAAAGUUAGGUUCCUUUCAUGGUUAGUUGCCCUUAAUAGGAAUAAUACCUUUGACAUCAAUUAGGGGUCCUCGGCUCAUGUACUUCACUUGCAACGGUGUGUUAUUUAUAAGAAUGGUGUGGGAGGAUUUUAAUCAUUUAUUAUAUAGGGAUGCUCCUCUCCUAUUAAGGUGUUCGAUGUUGCGACACGAUGGACCAAACUUUUCCAUUCUCCAUUGACAAGUGGUCUUUUUGCACUUUUGUGAAGUAUUUGGUUGGAAAGAAACCAAAGGCCCUUUUCAGAUGUUGAGGAUUUUUUGCUUGGAUUAAUGGCUCAAUCUAGUUUCUUUCUUCACAACUUGUGUUGCACUUUUUCUACCAAUAGCUGGCCUCCUUUUUGAACUUUUGUAUUUCAUUUAAUUUUUGCCCCCCUCCCCGUUGGCCACCGCUCUUUUUAUGAGAUUGCAACUGCAAACCCGUCGUGUAUCGUCAAAUUUGUGAGGCUCGGAGCGUCAUCUACGUAGUAACUUAUCAACUUGUUGUAGUUGAUGACGAAGCAAAGUAUCAGUGUAUUGAUGGCUAGCUACUGAUAUUCCUUUUGUUUCAAGAGAAUAUUUGUCUAUUUACUAAAUCUGGACCACUGCAUUGAUCCAUUUGGUUCUACCAUUCUGCAAGUGGGUUUUAUAUUUAUUGUAUUUUCUCAGAAAAUUGAAUUUUUUGCCAUUCUUUAGGUUGGAGAGUCCAUGAGAAACUUCAUGGGUUACUCUUUUUAAAGUGCAUUUUGCAGGGUAUAGUUAUCUGUCGAGAUGAAGAUGGAUAAGUUGGGUCUCGAGCGAGCGGUUGCUUUGUCUCACUUGAAUCAUAAUGUCUCCACAAGACUGAAAAGUUUUGGCAUGAGUCGAUCAGAUUGCUUGUCAGCCAAGUUUACUUCAAUAUCAUGAGUUUUACAUAGUCAUUAAGAGACGAAAAGAAGGCUGCAAUACAAUGUAGAAUAUUUUAUUGACUACGAAUCUUCUUAUGGUUGAGAUCUUAAAGCUUAUGAAUUUAAAAUCUUUACAAGGUCCUAGAUACAAGUCUAAUCUAGUAAGGAUGUGUUUAGAUUGACUAAAAAAAAGUGUUUAUUCAAAUUCUCACUUGUAUGAAUUUGUGUUGUUUUACAUAUAACAUUGUUCCACUCUUUCUUCGGAGAUUAAUUUUCUUCCCAACUAGUGAUUGAAAAA